CUCCCUCCCUCCCUCCCCCCUAACGUGAAAGGACGAGCUUGGCUCCAGCAUACCUAUGUACACGUCCACUCCGAGACGAGCGGUCUGCCGGGGAUCACUCGCAGCUCAACAGGCUCAAACAAUCAGGCUGACAGUGUGUGACCAGCUCGGCUUGAUUGUGUUUUUGCUGCUCCUGAUUGUUGUGGCCCUGUAGCGAUGCCUCCAGCGACAGGCGGUCCAGUAGGCUACACCCCCCCUGAAGGGGGCUGGGGUUGGGCUGUAGUGGUCGGCGCUUUCAUUAGCAUCGGCUUCUCGUACGCCUUCCCAAAAUCCAUCACAGUGUUUUUCAAGGAGAUCGAAGUGAUCUUCGAUGCUACCAGCAGCCAGGUCUCAUGGAUCUCCUCAAUCAUGUUAGCCGUCAUGUACGCAGGAGGACCAGUCAGCAGCAUCCUGGUGAACAAAUAUGGCAGUCGACCAAUCAUCAUUGUGGGAGGCUGUCUGGCCGGCUCAGGCUUGGUUGCUGCAUCUUUCUGUAAUACAGUGAUGGGAUUGUACUUCUGUGUGGGUGUAAUAGGAGGUCUUGGAUUAGCAUUUAAUCUGAAUCCUGCAUUGACAAUGAUUGGAAAAUACUUCUAUAAGAGGCGUCCGAUUGCUAACGGCAUUGCCAUGGCUGGUAGUCCUGUGUUCCUCUCAACACUGGCACCUCUGAACAGCUGGCUGUAUGAUCAGUUUGGCUGGAGGGGGAGUUUUUUGAUUCUGGGUGGUGCGCUGCUUAACUGCUGUGUGGCCGGCGCAUUGAUGCGACCCAUUGGACCCAAACCACAGCCCAAACCCGAAAUAACGGAAGAAGAGACCAAAGAGAAGGAGAAGAAAACAGUGAUGCAGACAAUCAACAGCUUUAUUGACCUGAAGCUAUUUAAGCACCGUGGUUUUCUGCUUUACCUCUUGGGCAAUGUGAUCAUGUUUUUUGGUCUGUUUGCACCACUUGUCUUCCUCAGCAAUUAUGCAAAGAGCAUGGGCAUCUCCAAAGACAAGGCAGCUUUCCUUCUCUCCAUGCUGGCGUUCACAGACAUGGUGGCACGGCCGUCUAUGGGCCUGGUGGCGAACACUCGCUGGGUUCGCCCACGCAUUCAGUAUUUCUUCGCAGCAGCAGUACUUUAUAAUGGUGUGUGUCACCUGUUUGCACCCUUGUCCGUGGACUUCAUAGGCUUCUCUGUCUAUGCAGUGUUUUUUGGCGUGGCAUUCGGCUGGCUUAGCUCCGUGCUUUUUGAAACACUCAUGGACAUAGUGGGGGCGCAGAGGUUCUCCAGUGCCGUGGGUCUCGUCACCAUUGUGGAGUGUGGUCCAGUGCUUGUUGGACCCCCCUUAUUGGGCUAUUUAAAUGAUGUCUACCAUGACUACAAAUACACAUACAUUGGCUGCGGCAUCAUCCUAAUCAUAGCCAGCAUAUUUCUUUUUGUCGGGAUGGGCAUCAACUACCGCCUGCUGGAACAGGAGAGAAAAGAGGAUGAGAGGAAUAAGGCUAGGCGUAAAGUCAAGGAACAAGAGACUAACAUAGACAACGCAGCGACAGAAAUGGAUUCCGAGAAUGACGUGUCUGCACCGAUCAUGCUAGAAGACAUCUGCAAAAUGGGCAAGGAAGCUGUUUAACCAGGCAAUCACGUGGUUAAACGUACGCUCACGUUAUCAACAUCUUUCAUUUGUGACCUCCACAAAAUGAGAAUGAACAGCAGACGGUUUUUACAUUUGUAGAAUUGUGAAAAUUUUGCCAUUCAUAACACACACACACACACACACCUCCCUGUUUAUUUACACAUUUUUGUAGUCUAGAGUCUGGUUUCAGUUCUUGUCUCAUCCUGGAUUACAGCAGUCAUUUCUUCUGCUUUUGUCCUGCGUUUGUUUUUUUCAGCCAAAGAAGGUUUACACAAACACUCCAUCGCAGUGUUUGUUGUGGGAUUUUUUGUUUUUUUUUUUUAGCCCCCCUCCCCUCCCCACCAGAGGUAAAAAAAUUAUAGCUUUUAAGGAGCCGCCAUCCAUCUGAACCUGAGAAAACUGCCAUUAUCAGUAAAAUGCAGCACAUACAAACAAUAUAUCAAACGAGUGCAGCUACAGAUGUUUGGUGGUUUCGCAUUGGAGUUAGUUUUCUGGUGUUUGUGUGAGACUGAACAAUAUUCCCGAUACCUCUCUGUACAAAGUCGGCUGAAUGGAGACGUUUUUGACUGCAGGAGAUUCACUCUUUUGGGGUUUUCACAUUGGUCUUUUUUCACUAGUAUUUUUAUAAUUUCCACUGAUUUCCAGUGAUUACUAGUAAUCAGAGUCUGCACUAAAUAGAACCACAACUUUAGUACAUGUCUGAUGGAUAAACUCACAAAUGUAAUAUUUAAUUUUUUUUUUGUAAAAGAUUUUAGAAUGUCCAUGCACAUCAUUUUUUUUUCUCUGGUAUAAUAUAUACAUUUUAAGCCUGUUCAUGGUACUAUUCCUCUAAUGCUUGUGCCUUUUGAGGGGCAGUCAACCCAUUUAUAAACUGUGCCCAGUGGUUCUAUUUCUGUUUAGCUUUAUGGGUUGGUUUUAUUUUUAUUUUUUUUGUUGGGUUUUUUAGGAGCCUAUUACAGUACUACCAUAUUUACAAACUAGUAAACCUCUCACUUUUUUUUAAUGAGAUCAUGAUCUUUACAUUUGCAUUUGAGCAAUAUCCUAGACGAAAGCCCACACAGUUUCAUAUCUCUAUCAUUUGAGAAGCGACUGGUCUGUCUUGUUCAAGUCAAUUAAUAGUAAAUAUUCUUCCAUGUGCACUAUUUCAUCAUUGGUAUACCACCUUCAGUGGAAAUUCAUUUCAAUUCUGUUGCAAUCCCAGAUGCCAGUAUGAUUAUUCGUGCUUUAUUUAGAAUGUGUAGCCCAUGAAAAUUAAACUAGGUUGUUGCACAGCAAUGUUUCUCAGCGUUCUGUGAACUUUGACAUUGCAAAAAAAAAAAAAAGGCUGAACCAUGUUAAACUUGAGGGACUGAUUAUGUGCUCCUUUUAGCUGGCUUUGACAUUUUGUGUUAAAAGUCUAAUUCAAUGUUCUUCCAAGUAUUUCUUCAUUCCAAAUCUAAACAAAAAUCUGUCACAUAUAGCAUUAAUUUCCAGCAUUGGUCUUUAAAUGCCAAAUGAUUUGUAGAUUGUUUGGGCUGACAUGGAAGGAUUGUUGUGUGUGGAUGAGUGCGUGGGAACACUCAGGAUAGACUGGUUGUAUGUUAAGACACUUUUAUUAUCUGGAAGUUUUUUUUAAUAAAUCUAAUUUUGACAUAGUAACUUAAAUGUUAUCCACGUGUACCAUUUUGUAUGUUUGACCCUGAAUAGUGUACCAAUAAACUGUUUUUAAACAUUU